AUGUGUAAACACUAUUAUCGUAGAAAUCCAAAAGAGCUUACAUUAAUUGAUCAAUUUGAACGAGAAUAUCGAUCAGAAGAAGAAAUUUGUUGGUAUUCAAAAGAGUCAUUUGUUUAUAAAUUGAUUAACAAAGCACUAAGAAGUGAAGAUAUUGAUUUAUUGUAUACAUUUCGUUUUUUUAUUGGAGAUUUAUCACAAAAUCUCAAUCGUGAACAUGAAAAGAUUUUAACAUCUGAAGAAGAGAUGUUAAUUGUUUAUCGAGGAGCGAAACUUGAUAAAGAAGAAUUUGAUAAACUAAAAGAAAAUCAAGGAAAACGAAUUUCAACUAAUGGAUAUUUAUCAACUAAUGUUGUUUCUGUACUAUUUCAAAUCAAAUAUUAUGUUAAACAAAUUGGUAAAACUGUUAUUUUUGCUGAUAUUACACAAUUUAGUGAGUAUCCAGAAGAAAAAGAAGUUUUAUGUGAUUUAAAUGCUUGCUUUACAAUUGAAUCUAUUGAACAAAAUGAAUCAAUACAAUUAAUUAAUAUGAAUGUAUCAAAUGAAGGACAAAUAAUCACAAAAGAUUAUAUUGAAUUAACACAAAAAGAAACAGAAGAAAAAAGUGUUUCGAUUGUAUUUGGAAGAUUGACGUGUAAUUUAGGUUAUUAUGAUAAAUCAUUGAAAUAUUUUCAACAGUUAUUAAAUGAUCCUAAUGAUGAAGAUCUUGCUUGGAUUGAGUAUAGUAUUGGUAGAGCUCUUCAUUUUAAAGGUGAAUUGCAAGAAGCGAGAGAAUAUUAUAAUCGUGCAUAUGAUCGAAUGAUGAUGAAUAAUCCAGCACGCAUCAAAGACUCAGCUCCUGUACUCAAUAAUAUUGGGCUUGUUCUUCAUAAGCAAAGGCAGUAUAAUGAAGCUCUCAACUAUCAUCAACGAGCACUGAAAAUGAAAGAGAAAUAUUAUCCAUGUGGCCAUGUUGGUAUUGCUACAAGUUUGAAUAACAUUGGUCUUAUUCUCUACGAUCAAGGAAAGUAUGACGAAGCACUCGGCUAUCGUCAAUAA